UGAUUCUGAUAUUUAAAAUAGAAAUUUAAAAGUCUCCAAGCAGAGAGCAGAGUUUCUUAAAACACACUGUAUAAAUUAACAGAUGCGAAUCAUUUCCAAUAUGUUUGAAUAAUUGUUCAAUCAUCUCGAUAAGCUGGAACAUGCAAGAACAUCAAAGGACAACAUGCAAAGGAUAUCAGAGAAUCCACAGAACAUUUCUUCAAAGAUUGAAAUGAUACAAUUAUCGGAUGAAGGAAAAAAAUCAUGUGACUGUAGAAAAAAGCAGAAUACUGAAGAUAAAGUCGUCAAAUUCCGUUGUGAUUUCCUUUCGACGCAGGUUAAAGUAAUGUUGGCAAGAGGUUGGACUCAGAUAGUCGACCCCGAGGACGCUAGUUGGCAUCUAUGGUGGUGCGACACGGGGGAUAUGUUGCGACAGGCACUGGACGGGGAUCGGAGAAAAUUAAGCCCUCAUCAACGAGUGCCACACUUUCGUAAUCAUUAUGAGCUUACACGCAAAAACUACCUGUACCGCAAUCUUAAGCGUUACAGAAAGGCCCUCAUGAGGGCUGGAAAAACUGCCGAAGCUCGCAUCAGCGACGUUAUGCCUGUAACCUUUGAGUUGCCUAGUGACUACCGGUUGUUUGUUGAGGAAUAUCACAAGCAACAGGGAGCUACGUGGAUAGUCAAACCAGUAGCGAGCUCGCGAGGCAAGGGUAUCUUUUUGUUUAGAAAGCUGAAAGAUUUGGUCGAGUGGAAAAGCAAAGAGGUUAAAUUACAGCAACCAGGAAUUCCAAUUGAGACUUACGUCGUUCAAAGAUACAUAGAUAAUCCUUAUCUCGUCGCAGGACGAAAGUUUGAUUUACGCAUUUACGUAUUGGUGACAUCAUUUCAUCCUCUGAAAGUGUGGCUAGCGAGGGAAGGUUUUGCCCGUUUGUGUGGCCAAUUGUUCGAUCUGGAAAACAUUGACGAUAAUAGAGUGCACUUGACGAAUACGGCAAUACAGUUGAAAGCAAGUCAGAAUGCCGAUGGUAUCCCUUCGGUAAAAGGCGAAAACGGAGAACGGAACUGCAAAUGGGCAUUAAGCAAACUCAGGGAUUAUUUGAUAGCUUAUUACGAGGCGGAAGUGGUUGAAAAUUUGAUGCAACGCAUCGCGGGCGUAAUAAUGGCAAGUCUGUUGGCAGUACAACCGGCCAUGAUGCAGGAUCGCAACUGUUUCGAGCUUUAUGGCUAUGAUAUACUUCUCAGCGAUGAUUUGCGACCUUGGCUAUUGGAAAUUAACGCAUCCCCAGCCUUAACCGGGACAGAUAAUGAAGACCAACGUUUGAAGUCUGACCUAGUCGACGAUGUCCUCAAUGUCCUUGAUUUUGAAGGUCGCUUCAGUGGGCAUGAGACCAGGAUCGGGGGGCUGGAUUUGCUCUGGGACGACGGACCAGUUUGGACCAGCUGCCCAUAUCCCGGUAUUUGUACGGAUGCUGUUUCCAACGAUCUUAAGAGACUCAACAUAUUUCUCGGAGGGAUUAAUGAUCGUCAAAAGCAACUCGCUUUGUUAAGAAGUCAGCUGAUUGAAAAACGUAAAACAGGGCAAAAUUAUUCCCCCACGGUGCAAUAUUGUUUAAAAAAAAUAUAAACAGAUUUUAAGAUGUUAUAAUGUUUAAGAUGAAUAUAAUGUUUACAUUAUAUUUUAGAAAUUUAUUAAUCAAACAAUAUUAAUAUGCUAUCCUUGCUUAUUCAAUUAUAUUGUCUCGAUACUCUCUUCUACAAUUGAUAUCUACAAAAUUUGUUCGUGAUAUUUCUGACGAGUUAUUAAAUAUAAUUCGCAAAACUGUGUCGUUGUGCAGAAAGAAUGCAGCUGGUGCACUCUCGCUUUUACAUCACAUAUCUUGUCUUCGUCAUUUUUUUCUUCGUUUCCAGCGUCAAAACUAAAUUUAACCGAACUUGCGCGACUUCGUAACCAGUCUUUCCCACUUGAUCGCAUCUACGUGUUGUUUAUCAUUUAUUUACGAUAAUAAAAAAAAUACCUUAAUCAUGUUCUCCGAAUUAGGUAUAUAAUAUUUCUUUUUCUUU